AUGUGUAGUGUUACUGGAUUGUCUGAAAGGUUGAAUAUGACCGAGUCAGCAAGGGUGCUAGCCGACAUGAAGCAAGCGAACGAGGAAGCAGACGAGAUGUCAGAAGUAAUGUCUCGUUUAUCAGAUGGUCUAGGGGCAAUGGGUUUGGGUGGUGGGAGUACAGUGGCAAGUUUAGCUGGCGUUAAUGUUUCUCCACGACAAAACUGGUAA